AGCAAACCGGUUUAAAGAGGAACAGAUUCCACGCGGUCACGAGUGACGUCAUCGAGGUAUUACUUAAGGAUCCUUAUGAUUGUUUCACAUUGACCACCGAUCUGCAGGUUGCUCCUAAUAAAUGAGAAUAAACGGACGCGUGUGCGCGUGCGUGCGUUAGGCCCCGCCUCCCAGAGGGGAGAAGGGCGGUGCCCCCCCACCACCACCCAGGUAGGAGCACCAGCGGUGGGCACGUCACCACAAACACGCGCACAGAGGAGGCAGUGUGCAGAGCCGCGGAGACCACAGCCGCCAAACGCGCACGCACACGGACGCGCGUGCACGCACACUCACACGCGCACCCUCUUUCCACCGCCUCAUCGGUCCGGAGGAGCGACGACGCAGCCGAAAACAGCCGGAAGUUCCGUUUGGACCCAUCGAAACAGGGAAGUUCGAGACGGAGAGAGGGACAGAGGGACAGAGGGACAGAGGACCAUGUUCAGCUGGGUGAAGCAGGAGCAGGGAGGACGCAACAAGGACGGAGAGAUGUACCAGACGGUGACGGAGGGCCUGCAGAGCCUCUACCUGAAGAAGCUGCUGCCGCUGGAGGAGACCUACCUGUUCCACGACUUCCACUCCCCCGCCCUGGAGGCCGCCGACUUCCAGAGCAAGCCCAUGGUGCUGCUGGUGGGGCAGUACUCCACCGGGAAGACCACCUUCAUCAGGUACCUGUUGGAGCAGGACUUCCCGGGGAUGCGGAUCGGUCCGGAGCCGACCACCGACGGCUUCAUCGCCGUGAUGUACGGCGAGAACGAGGGCGUCGUCCCCGGCAACGCCCUGGUGGUCGACCCCAAGAAGCCCUUCAGGAAGCUCAACGCGUUUGGAAACUCCUUCCUCAACAGGUUCAUCUGCUCUCAGAUGCCGAACCAGGUUCUUCAGAGCAUCAGCAUCAUCGACACGCCUGGCAUCCUAUCUGGAGAGAAACAGCGAAUCAGCAGAGGUUAUGACUUUGCGGAGGUGCUGCGUUGGUUCGGGGAGCGCGUGGAUCGCAUCAUUCUGCUCUUCGACGCUCACAAACUGGACAUUUCAGACGAGUUCUCCGAGGCCAUCCGAGCCUUCAAAGGACAAGACGACAAGAUCCGAGUGGUCCUCAACAAGGCCGACCAGGUGGACACGCAGCAGCUGAUGAGGGUGUACGGCGCCCUCAUGUGGUCACUGGGGAAAGUGAUCAACACUCCAGAGGUGGUGAGAGUUUAUCUGGGAUCCUUCUGGGCCAAACCGCUACAGAACUCUGAGAACAGGCGUCUGUUUGAGGCGGAGUCUCAGGACCUCUUCAAGGACAUCCAGAGUCUACCGAGAAACGCGGCGCUCCGUAAACUCAACGACCUCAUCAAGAGAGCGAGGCUGGCCAAGGUUCACGCCUACAUCAUCAGCUACCUGAAGAAGGAGAUGCCGUCUCUGUUUGGCCGUGAGAAGAAGAAGGAGGAGCUCAUCGCUCGUCUUCCAGAGAUCUACUGCAUCCUUCAGAGGGAGCACCACAUCAGCCCGGGAGACUUCCCCAACGUGGCCAAGAUGCAGGACAUGCUGCAGCACUACGACUUCAGCAAGUUCCCGUCGCUGAAGAUGAAGCUGGUGGAGUCGGUGGACAAGAUGUUGGCCACCAAGAUCGCCGCCCUGAUGUCCAUGAUCCGGGACGAGGAGUCCAAGGCGCCGCCGGCGAUGGUGUCCGGCGGCGCCUUCGAGGGCUCCCAGGACGGGCCCUUCGGCCGGGGCUACGGCGAGGGCAUCAGCGCCGGCGCCGACGCCGAGGACUGGAUCGUCAGCCGCGAGAAGCACCGCUACGACGAGAUCUUCUACAUGCUGACGCCCGUCAACGGCAAGAUCACCGGCGUCAACGCCAAGAAGGAGAUGAUGAACUCGCGGCUGCCCAACACCGUGCUCGGGAAGAUCUGGAAGCUGGCCGACUGCGACCACGACGGCAUGCUGGACGACGAGGAGUUCGCGCUGGCCCAGCACCUCAUCAAGGUGAAGCUGGAGGGCUACGAGCUGCCCGCCGUGCUGCCCGAGCACCUGGUGCCGCCGUCCCACCGCAAGGACCCCGCCGCCGACGCCAUGUACAACCACAGCGAGGACUAGGGGCCUCCUCCUGUGUGUAUAUACAUGUAUGCAUACACACACAUAUAUAUAUGUCUAUAGAGCAAGAUCCCACAAUAACACCACAGGAACAAGCUCUGACCUUCAGAGUAAAAGCAACAGAGGUUAAUGUGAUAAUCAGUGCCAGUUUAACACAACAUGGUAUAAACAAGUCCUGUGUGGUUAUUAACGUGUAGUUUAUGUGUGAGGAACGAAUAUUGAUCAGAAGAGGUUUUUGGAUUCCAAAAAUGUUCUUUUGUCAUCCAUCUUUAUCCGCUUAUCUGGGGUCGGGUCGCGGGGGCAACAACUCUUCUUUGUGUGUGUGUGUGUGUUUUAAAGUGUUUUUACUAUUUCUGUUCCGACAUGUCAGCACUAUGUUAUAUUACCGUUUUUUAUUUUUACUGAAUCGUGGUUAUAAUCAUUUGCUGCUUUUAUUCUGAAGGCCUGAAGCUGUACUUGAAGUCUUAAAUUGUUGUUUCUGUACCAUGUGACCCGCAGCAGUGAGUUGGGUCACAUUUCACGACCACAGUAACUUUGGACUUUUACUUCUCAAAGUGAACUCAAACUACAUUACCCAUAAGGCCACUGGAGCUGAAGACAUACAAACACAUUUCAGUUGUACAAAUAAUAAAUCAAACUAUCUCUCUGUCAUUUAAUCUUUUUUAUUUGUAAAUAUGAAAUAUAGAUGUAAUAAAUGUCAUCUUUCAAUAAUUUACACUCUCCAAUAAUAAGGAAGAUAUAUUUUAGUAUUUCAAAAAACACAUUUUAAGAGACCAAAGAAAAUAAAAAGGAACAAACGUCAGGUUGUUUAUGAUUUAAACUUGUUGAAUUAGAAUAAGGAUUAUAUCGUAUUUCUGUUGAGGGGUUUUCAAAAUAAAAGAUGAAAGACAUCCCUAGCCGUCUUCACGUCCACGUUGGUUGGGAUCGAGGAGCCUGCAGGGCGCAGUGAGGGGUCAGUGAGGGGUCAGAGGUCAAAAGUAACAGUCGGGUUCUGUUUAAACAGCGUCCUCCGUCCACCGGGGACGACUUAACGACGUCCUCCACCGCUGCUGUUUCCUCACAUUGUGGAUGGUGGUGUAGACGUUGACCUUUGUGAGAGGGAGCGCAGCAGCCUAUCAGGGACGAGCAGGCUGACGAGCCGACCAAUCACAAGCCUCCGCUGAUGAUGAAGUUAAACAAUAGAAGUCUGUGAUAAAAUGACUUCUAUUGACUUCAAGUCUUCUUCAAAGCAGCAUGAUGUUCAUUUAGUGAGUCAUGGUCCAUUUAGAGUCAAACAGACCAUGAAGAGGGGAGGCUUUAGGGGGCGGGGCCUAACGCUGAUUGACAGGUCAACACCAGAGGCGUAUACGCCAUAAGUCUUUGGUGGGUUCUGGUUGGUUCUAGUUGGUUCUUGUUGGUUCUGGUGGGUUCUGGUGGGUCCUGGUGGGUUCUGGUGGGUUCUGGUGGGUCCUGGUUGGAUCUGGUGGGUUCUUGUGGGUUAGUGUUCCUCAGGGGGAGUGUCUCUGUGUCCUCAUGUGUUCUCAUGACGGGACACAAAGUCGUCCUCGAGGAUUCAGCAGUUUUAUGUUUUUGUUUCCGUUAAAAUAAACACAGAAAUCAGAUCUUUUUACGUCUUUAAAACGCAGGACUUAAACACUAAGGAGCUCCAGAUGUUUGUCAUUGUCCAUCUGAAAAUGUCAAAGGGUUUAUUCUUGUGACUUUGGUGUAUUUCAUAUUGUUAAUGUUUAAACGUGUCACUUGACUCCUGCCUGGAGUCCAAUAAAGUUUAUUCAAACAUUUA